AUGCUUGUGGCACAGCUCCUCACGAAAAUUGAGGCGUCACCAACAGGACUCUCUCGCGCACUGCUGCUGUCUCUGGCCGCUCUGCUGCUUCACAGCAUCUAUCAGAGAGUAAAGUUGCGCCACGCCCCUAGCCACCCGCGGAGGCCCCUUCGAAGAAUCAAGGAGCCUCAUAGACGACCCAUCGUUCAGCUUGACAAAACACUUCUUCGUCGUAUUAGGGAACUUCUAUGCAUCUGUUUUCCCCACGUCUUCUCUUUGGAGUCCGGCUUGAUGCUAGUACUGACGUCGCUUAUUGUGCUCCGUACCACGCUAACACUCACGUUUUCCCGCAUAUCUGCAAACAAUACCAGAGCACUUGUUCAGAAAAACUUUAGUCACUUUAUUUUUGGGUUGUUUGAUCUUGCUUUGUACGCCAUCCCCGCAACAAUCACUAGCGUUGGUGUUACCUACACCACCGCCACCUUGGAACAACGGUUUCGUGAACGGUUGCAAAAUGCGCUUCACCAGGAGUACUUUGAAAAGCACAAGUUGCACGAUUUGGUAACGAAAAGCCUCGUGGACAAUCCGGCUCAUCGCGUGACAAAUGAUGUGCAGCGGUUCUGCAGCGACUUAUCGGGUCUGCUUCCUGCCGUAUUAAAGCCGAUUGUGGAUAUUACCAUUCUUUCUAAGGUGCUGGCUGGGUUUGGUGGCUAUGGUGUACCGCUGGUGCUGAUGUUGUACUACGCCUUUGUUGCUGCGGUGUUCCGUAUGCUGUUGCCAAACUUUGCGGAUUGGGUCACAAAGAGUCGAGAAAAGGAGGCUAAUUUGCGUUUGCUGCACGCACAGUUAGUUCAACAUGCGGAGGAGGUGGCAUUCUACCGUGGUGCGGAGAUGGAGGGGGCAAACGCUGAACGACUCUUGAAUUUAUUUGUUCGGUUGGAAUGGCGAUUGAAGCGGGCAAAGUGGUGGAGCACGUUUAUAAAUGACAUAAUGGUUAAAUAUGCUGCGACUGGCCUUGGCCAUGCUGUUUGCGCUGUUGUGGUUUCCAGGGAGAAGGCCCACUUAGGCGCGGCGGCAUUGACGGAACUCUUUGUCCGUUGCACACAGCUCUACAUUCCGUUGUCCUUGGCGCUGGGUAAAUUGUUGUCCCUCCACUUGAAGGUUGGUGCACUGUGCGGCAGUGCUCACCGUGUGGGGGAGUUGCGGGAUGUGCUUGCUGCCCUGCAGCCAGCUGACCAGGAUGCUCAUUCGCACGUGGUAGAGGUACCAAACAGCGAUCAAAUUGUAUUUAAAGAUGUGACUGUUAUUUCCCCCACUGGUCAAGGUGUGCUGCUCAAUUUUACAGCAAAUUUGAGGGCAGGACGCCACGUGCUGAUCAUGGGAUGCAACGGUGCUGGGAAGACGGCUCUCCUGCGGACGCUUUGGGGGUUGUGGCCGCUGCAGAGUGGCAUGGUGGAGCGCCCCACCAUGUUGGAGCUCAUGCUAUUGACGCAACGGACCUACCUUCCACCGGGCACACUCCGUACACAGCUGGUCUAUCCUGCAAUAGAGGGGGAGGGGCAGGCCCACGGAAUAAAAGACGAGAUACUCCUGCAUCUGGCUGCAGAACUAGGCCUGAGUGGUGUAGUGGAGCGGGAGGGGGGAUUAGAUGCUGAGAAGGAGUGGGGUGAGGUUCUUUCUGGUGGUGAACAACAACGCAUUGCCCUUGUUCGUGUCGUGGUUCAUUGCCCCAAAUUUGUGUUCCUUGACGAAUGUACCAGUGCCAUCUCGCAGGAUGUAGAACCACUGCUGUAUGGGAUGCUGCAGCGUCGGGGUGUAACGUUGAUUACUGUGUCUCAUCGUGAGACCCUAAAAACUCUCCACCAUGAGAUAGUAAGGAUGGAUGGGAUGGGUGGUUAUGACAUCUCUGUGAUAGGAGAUUUUCAAUAG